AUGGAUAAAGAAUUUUAAUGUUGUUAAUGUUAACAAGAGUUUAAUUUGCAGGAUAAAAGUCCUCAUGUUCUUCCAUCCUGUGGCCAUUCAAUAUGCUAAUUAUGUGUGACCCAAUAUUUGUAAUCGCAAUUGAAGUUAGUUUGCAAUGAGGACAACAUCGAAUGUCAAGUUGAAAGAGAGUUCAAAUUCUUUCCUAUUAAUCAGAGCAUUAUUGUGUUAUUGAAAAAGAAGAGAAAUAAUGUUCAUAGAUGCCAUACGUAUGUAACUCCAGAAGAUUAAAUUCCUCGGUUAUCAACUGAAGAUGUUAGCGAAUUUUCAAGUGAUAUGCAAUAACACAUUCAACUCAACAAGAACAUGUCUUAAUCACAUUCAUGUGAAUAAUUACCAUAAAAAGAAAUUUAAGGUGAAUAAUGUUCUAUUCAUUCAAAACCAUUAGAAUUAGUAUGUUAAGAAGAUGGAGAAUACAUUUGUGUUAAUUGUGCUUUAUUUGGAAAUCAUAAGUUUCACAAUUAUACGCCUAUAGACUAAUAUGUUAAGGAGAUGGAAUAAAAAUUUAAUGAUAUUACUACAAUGUAUGAAGUUGUAAAAGGGAUGAGCACAAAAAUUGAAUAAAAGGAAUAUGAAAAGGAAUUCGAAACUAAACUUCUCUAAUCAAAGGAAGCCAAAUUAUAAUCUAUAGAUAUGAAGUUUAAUGAAUUAUUUAAUGAAUUAAAUUUAAUAAAAGAGGAAUUGAAAUCCAGAAUUGUAAAUAAUUACAAUAUCUAAUAUGAUGAUAAUAAAAAAAAAAUUGAGUAAGAAUUUAUUUAACUCAAAAAUCAAGCAGAGAAAUGGCUUUCAAAUACAGGUAAUCAAUUAAAAGAUUUUUUUGAUGAGAAAUGUCAAAAUCAAAAGUUAAAAAAGGAUGUAAAAGAAUUAGGUAACAGCAAAGAAUUGGGUAACAGCAAAGAAUAAGGUUCUUAAUUAAUUAACAAAAUGCAAUUCUAAUUUUCUUAAAUCGAUUCUCAAGUCAAGUUAAUUGCUGAUCACUAAUAAUUCUAUGUUCCAAUUGAAAACAUUAGAAAUCAAUUCCCUCAAGAAAAUAAACAACUCGAUUAACUAUUAUUAGAUAAAGAUGAUAAAUUAACAGAUUCCGACAUCAUAUUUCCAGAAAUAAAAGAUGAAAAAUUGACAUAAUCAACUUAUAUUUCCUAAUAACCAACAUAACCUGCUUCUCCUCAAUAUAAUGUCAGUAAAACUAAUUAUUUCAGCCAAACUUAAACCCCAGGAUAAUUCUAAAGAAAAGACAGAAGUGUAACAAUGUUAUAAACUGAACCUUCAGAAGUUUCUGCGCCAAACACCAAUAGAAAUAAAUAGUCAUAAUCCAAAUUGGUUAAAGUCUAAAAAUUUAGUAAGGAUCCUAAAUUAAAUGAUAAAAUUAUUAAUACUCUUGCAAUGUUCGAAAAAUUUGAAAUGAUUGAUUUCUCCACUCUAGGUAAAAAUCAAACUAUUUUAGAAAUGAAUGACUUAUUGAUUUAAGCUAUCGAUGAAGCUCUAAUAAAUAAAAAAAUUGUCAAAGUCUUAAAAAUGAGCAAGUGUAAAAUAACUGAUGAACUGUUUGCUAAGUUACUCUCUGUUAUUGAAACAUCUAGUGUUACAGCAUUGCAUUUACAAUCCAACACAUUAACUGAAAAAGCAUUAGAUUAUAUUUUAUAUGCAGCCAAAUCUAAAAAGAAUUUCGAAUGCAAAUAAUUGUAUUUGAAUGGCAAUGUCAGCAUCACUUAAGCUAAGUCAAAAAAGAAGAUAGAAGAAAUUAAAAAGUAUGGUAUCUAAGUAACCAUUUGA